GCUGAACCGGGGCGACAAGAACAAUCUCCAAAACCCAACUUGAAGAAGGAGUGUUUGUAGAAGAGGCUGAGGGUGGAGAAGCAGAGUAGGAGAGCGCCACAGUGGGAGAUCUUUGCUGGCGAGGGCGGUCCCUGCAGGCGAUCGACACGCCAUGUCCUCCCCCACUGCGACGGCGGGAAACUUGGAGCCGACACGGCAGCCAGUGGAAAAUGUCAGCAGUAGGGGUCCUGACCCGUGGGAACGUGACGAGGCGUUGGCCCGGAUGGAGAUCAUCGUGCUGAGCGUGGCCUUCGUGGCGGCGACGGUGGGGAACGCCAGCAUGCUGCUAGCGUUGCGAGUGAGCCAGAGGAAGCCGUCACGCGUGCACCUGUUCAUGACGCACCUGAGCCUGGCCGACCUGGUGGUGGCCUUCUUCCAGGUGCUGCCGCAGCUGUACUGGCAGGUCACCUUCCGUUUCCGCGGCCCGGACUUCCUGUGCCGUGGCGUCAAGUUCCUGCAGGUGGUGGGCAUGUUCGCCUCGGCCUACGUGACCGUGGCCAUGACCGUGGACCGCUACGUGGCCGUGUGCCACCCGAUGACCACCCUCAACCGACCGAAGCGGCGUGCGCGCGCCAUGAUAGCGUGCGCGUGGGCGUGCAGCCUGGCGCUGAGCACGCCGCAGGUCUUCAUCUUCUCCAUGCAGGAAGUGUACGCAGGCUCGGACGUCUACGACUGCUGGGCUGACUUCAUCGAGCCCUGGGGUAUGCGCGCCUACACCACCUGGAUCACGGCCGACGUCUUCCUGGUCCCCGUGGCCGUGCUCGUCACCUGCUACGGCUUCAUCUGCCGCGCCGUGUGGACCAACGGCAAGUGGAGCUCGCGCGGGCGGAGCAUGCCGGCCGUGUCCCGCGGCAAAGUCCGCACGAUCAGGAUGACGCUGGUGAUCGUCCUCGCUUACGUCACCUGCUGGGCGCCUUUUUUCAGCGUGCAGAUGUGGUCCGUGUGGGACGACAACUUCACCUGGCACGAUUCCGACAACAUGCCGGUGACUCUCUCGGCGCAGCUGGCCAGCCUCAACAGCUGCGUCAACCCGUGGAUCUACUUGAUGUUCAGUGGGCACCUGAUGUCCGACUUCGCCAGGCGACUGCCUUGCUGUCGCCGCCUCGGCACCAAGUUUGCUCGUCCCAAUUCGAUCAGCAGCCCCCGGUCGAGCACGCAGCUGUCCCGCUUGCAAGGUCCGCGCCUCUCUGAGUCACACACGGCGAAGACUGCGCCUCCUCCGUGUGAUGCCAAAGAACCAGCUUGAGGGGAAGCUGCAGACAGGAAGGCCCUGCCGACGGAGACCACGACAGCGGAGAAGAUCAUUGGCCGGCCCUCCACCCUCCUUAGAGGUCAUGGCUCGCUCUCGCUGCCUCGACAAAGAAAAUCCUGCCAGAGGCCUCUCACCCCGAUCAGCACUUGUUCAAGCUACUGACAAGAGGUUUCGGUAACACAAGAUCAGGACAAACACAAUUAAACAGUUUUUAGGAUAUUGAAUCUGUCCCAAUAGGUCACAUUGAUUUUCACUUUUGCACUGGUAUUUAACAUUUUAUUUAUUGUUUCUUUUAACAGAGUAGCCACCAAUGUUUUUGUCAUGCUGUCAUGACAAUAAAGUCUUCUAUUCUAUUCCAUUCCAUUCUAUUCUUUUCUAUUCUUAUUCCACACUCCUACUGCACAAUCAAUACUCAUAUCCCACAACAAAUACUCCCGUUCCACACUAAGAUUCCACCGUAAAUACUCUUAACUUGCAAUAAGUACUCUUAUUCCUCACUCUGAUUCCGCAGUCAAUACUCCUAUUCCGCAAAAAAGACUUACAUUACACAAUAAAUACUCUUAUUGAAAAUGAAUACUCUAUUUCAAAAUAAAGUAACAUGAUUAUGUUAUCAUUGCAGGGCCAAUACAGAUAGACAACAUUUAUACUGUGUGAUUUUUUAUUCUAUUUUAUUAACAUUCCUCACUCCUAUUUUUCCUGGACCUGAGGCAUGAAUACUGUACUCUUAUUCCACAACAAAUAAUCCUACCUCGCAAUUAAUACUCCUAUUCCACACGCGUAUUCCACAAUCAAUACUCUUAUUCUACAAUAAACUCCUAUUCCACACUCGAAUUUCAUAGUAAACACUCUUAUUCUGCAAUAAUGGUAAAUGGUUGUACUUGUAUAGCACUUUUCUAGCCCUUUUUAAGGAGCCCAAAGCGCUUUGACACUACUUCCACAUUCACACACACAUUCACACAUUCACACACACAUUCACACAUACACAUUCACACAUUCACACACACAUUCACACACACAUUCACACACACAUUCACACACAUUCACACACACAUUCACACACACUUUCACACAUUCACACACUGACGGGGGGAGCUGCCAUGCAAGGCACUCACCAGGACCCAUCAGGAGCAAGGGUGAAGUGUCUUGCUUAAGGACACAACGGACGUGACUAGGAUGGUAGAAGGUGGGGAUUGAACCAGGAACCCUCAGAUUGCUGGCACAGCCACUCUACCAACUUCGCCACGCCGUCCCCAUAAUCACUCUUGUUACCACAAUCCAUACUCCUAUUCCACAAUAAAUACAUGUAUUCCACAAUACACACUCUUAUUCCAAAUUAAUACUCCAUUCCAAAAUAAAAUUUAGAUAAGUAUUUUAAUGUCUUUUUUUUAUAUUUUAUUUUAUUAAGAUUCCUUCCUGCCCAUUCCGAAAUAAAUACUGUACUCUUAUUUUACAACAAAUAAUCUGACUUCACCAUAAAUAGGACUAUUCCACAUGCUUAAUCCACAAGCAAGGCUCUUGUUUCACAAUAAAUAAUCAUAUUAAUGUAUAAGCGCAUUUCACGUUCUUAUUCCACAAUCAAUACUCCUAUUCCACUAUAGACACUCUUACUGCACACUUGUAUUCCACAAUAAAUACUCUUAUUCUGCAAUAAUAACUCUUAUUCCACAAUAAAUACUUUUAUUCCAUUCUUUUAUUCCACAAUAAAAACUUGUAUUCCACACCCAAUUCCACAAUCAUUUUUUUAAUUCCAAACUAAUACUUUACUCCAAAGCAAAACUUAAAUAUGUAUUAUUAAUCUAUUCUUUUAGUUGAUUAAAAUUCCUCACUGCUCAUUCCGCAAUAAAUUCUGUACCUACUUAUUCCCAUACAAAUAAUCUGACUUCACAAUAAAUUCCACAUGCUUAAUCCACAAUCAAUGCUCUUAUUUCACAAUAGUCUUAAUUAAUAAGCUUAUUCCACGUUAUCAUUCCACAAUCAAUACUCCUAUUCCAAAAUGGAUGCUCUCACUGCACACUUGUAUUCCAAGAUAAAUACUCUUAUUCCACACUCGGAUUCCACAAGAAAUACUCUUAUUCUGCAAUAAAUACUCUUUAUUUCACAAUAAAUGCUUUUAUUCCUCGCUCAUAUUCCACAAUACUUGUAUUCCGCACUCAAUUCCGCAGUAAAUUCUGUAAUUCCAAAUGAAUACCAUCAAUCCAUCCAUUUUCUACCGCUUGUCCCAUUAUUGCUAGUUGAAAAUUGUAAUACUUUAUAACCCAAAAUGUUUUUAUUUUUAAUCUAUUCUUUUAGUUUAUUAAAAUUCUCACUGCUCAUUGUGCAAUAAAUAAUGUACUCUUAUUCCACAACAAAUGAUCUUACUUCACAUCAAAUAAGCUUAUUCCACAGUCACUGCUCUUAUUUCACAAUAGCCUUAAUAAUUAGAAAGCUCAUUCCACCUUCUCAUUCCACAAUCAAUACUCUUAUACCACCAUGAGAUUACACAAUAAAUGCUCUUAUUCUGCAUUAAAUACUCUUACUCCACACUCCUAUUCCACAAUAAAUACAUGUAUUCCAUAAUAAAUACUCUUAUUCCACAAUACUGUUAAUGUGAAAUAAUUACUCUUAUUCAUGACUCUGAUUUUACAAUCAAUACUCUUAUUCCACAAUAAAUACUCUAUUCCAAAAUAAACACUCUUAUUCCACAAUGUUUAUUUAUUUUGUAUUUGUUUUUACUUUCACCGUACUUCAUGAACUGAUGUGUAUGUUUCCCACAGUCUGCAGUAACAAUCGAUUGUAUGCUCUUAUUCCUACUUUACAUGCGGGCCAUUCCACUCAGUAUCUGACAUUUGCAUUUCCAGGAACUUAAAUAUAUAAAUGCAGAAUAAAUGAAGUGUAAAAUGCAUGCUUACAAUGGCCUACAUGUGCUGCACAUUUAGAUUACAUUCAACACUGGAAGGAUAGCAUUUGUAUAUAUUGUUUACAUAUUGGCCCUGUGAUGAGGUGGCGACUUGUCCAGGGUGUACCCCGCCUUCCGCACGAUUGUAGCUGAGAUAAGCACCAGCGGCCCCCGCGACCCCAAAAGGGAAUAAGCGGUAGAAAAUGGAAUAAGUGGUAGAAAUUGGAUGGAUGGAUGGAUGUUUCCAUAUUUGUGUUACUCCUUAUUCGAACUAUACUUUUAUGCUUUUGUUUCUUUUUAAAAAAACUAACAAAAAAAAAAAAUAAUGAGGUGGAAAUAUAUACUUUACUCGUGUUCCUGGGUUGUUCCGGUUACCCUAACUAAAAAUGUUAGUUGUUGUGGAAUGUUCCACAAGCCACGUGGUCCACAAGAAGUUGAACCAUUCACACACUAUAAAAUGUUGGGUUAAAAAAUAACCCAAUUUUAGCCCAACUGCUGGUUCAGAAAAGGACAAACCCCUUAUUUGAGUUAUUUUAACUCAACAUUUUGAAUUAAUUUUUCAACACAACUUUUGCGCUGAAUUAUUUAACCCAAAAGUUGAGUUAUGAUAACUUAAUGUUGGGUUAUUCCCAACCAAACUAUUAGCUUGAAUUUAUUUAACCCAAAAGCUGGGUUAUGCUCACUAAAAUGUUGGGUUAUUCCAAACCCAACUAUUGGUUUGCGCAAUUUAGCGCUCCUUGACCCAAUAGCUGGUUAAAUAUUAUAAACUGUACUGCUGGUUUGUCCUAUUCCUUCACAACUACAGUUAAAAGUUCUUUUUAUUUCAUUCAAAUAUACUCAAAAUGAAGAUAUGAGUGACAUAGAAGUUCUAUACAGCACACUCAAAUGUUUUCAUGUACAUAAAUUGUGUGAUUGUAAGUAAUGUUAAUGAGAUAAAUCCUUAAUAAAAUUACCUUCAAGUAAAAAGUACAUUUUUAAUUAAAAAAAAGCCUUUUACCCAAAAUGUUACUCAUUGAAAAACCACCCAAACAUGGUUGAUAGUUUUGAAACCCCAGAAAUUGAGUUAAAAUAAUAGCCUUAUAAACCCUAAAAUCGGAUUGCUCGUCAUAGAAAUGAUUCCAAAAGUUAACCCAACACUCGCAACUCAUAAAUUGGGUCAUGAAAAUAACCCAGCAUUUUUUAGUGUGCACAUCCUCUGCAGGCCAUGAAGGAGGAAGUUCACUCAUCUAUUUUUUUUAGGUAUAUUCAAUGAUAUUUAAAUUAUAAAUAACAUCUAGAUCCACUCAUCUAUUGCACCGAGGGGAGGGUCCCACAUCUGUGAUUACCUCCAAGGUUGAGUUUUUCCCUGCCCUGAUGUGGGAUCUGAGUCGAGGAUGUCGUUGUGGCUUGUGCAGCCCUUUGAGACACUCAUGAUUUCGGGCUAUACAAGUAAACAUUGAUUGACAACUGCGAGUUAAAACCUCAGCACAGUCCUGUUACCAACAUAUAUAUUUUUUAUAUUAAAAAAAAGUGAAAAUCACUGCUUGGUGUAAACAUGCUAUUAGCAUAAAUGUCAUGUGACUACAGUGCAUUUAUUUACUAAAAACUCACCUGAAGCACUCAGUCGUCUUCCACAAAU